UUGUUGGAAGCUUCGAACGUUGGUGAGAAAUUCCGGAAAAAUUGAAGUUCGUAGGAAACUACAGAUUUGAAACAGCUAAGAAACGUGCGGAUUCUGGCGUAAUCUAUUACUCGUUUCUGAAAGAAUUUAAGCAAUACGCCUGCUUGGUGCCAAGUGUUUCGUAUUUCGUUCGAGAAGGAGUCGUCAGGUUAUAAAAGUUAUUUUUAUAUAGUCCGCGGUUCGCCUUCAAGGAUAUAGAACAAUCUUGCCCGGCUAUAAAGGGCGAAAAAGAGCAGGAGUGGAAGGUUGCCCGCGAGCAAGGCUAGAAUUCGUGUUUUUUAAAGUUAUCACCUACAACACACAAAAAGAUGUCAGACCGUAAGGCCGUUAUCAAGAACGCCGAUAUGAGCGAGGAAAUGCAACAAGACGCAGUAGAUUGUGCGACACAAGCGUUGGAAAAAUAUAAUAUAGAAAAGGAUAUUGCAGCAUACAUCAAGAAGGAGUUCGAUAAAAAAUAUAACCCAACAUGGCACUGUAUCGUUGGCAGAAAUUUCGGUUCAUAUGUAACACACGAAACUCGUCAUUUUAUCUAUUUUUAUUUAGGCCAAGUGGCAAUUUUACUGUUUAAGAGCGGUUAAAUUUCAGACAUGUAAAGUAAAAUACAUCAAAAAACUUAAAGAACAAUACAUAGGAUAACAAAAUGAGAUAAACACACUCAGUACCCUAACAGUUGUAUAUUACAUAAAUUAUUUGUAUUUCAUUGGCCAGAAAAGAAUCUAUAGCAAAUCUCAAUGUAAUUUAAUGUGACUAUGAGUCCGGAAAGAUUAUGAACCGAUAGCAGAUGUAAAAAACGUGCUCCCCAAAACCAUGGAUAUAUUGGAUAAGUGAACUCAAUUGAAAUUGCUUCAAAACAAGAAGGCUUGAGCAGGGCUCGAAUUUGAAAUUAGAGACAAUUGCAACUAAAUUUUAAGCACACACUCAAUUCCAGAACAGAAUAUCGAAUAUCAACGUAAUAUUCAUAAUUUCUUCACAAUAAUUCUUAAAUUACAAAAGUGAUAAAUCAAUCCAAUCAAACACAUUCUUCAUUUGCCUUUUAAUAACAUCAUGUUCGGUCUUUAUUUUCUGUUUUAUUUUGUAUAACGAAUUGUAUACCUGUUUAUUGUUUGUUCACCGGAGGACAAUAUUUUUUUUGCUUCUUUUAGUUUUAGAAGUUAUUCUGGGAUUUGCAAAAUCCACUUAUUGAAGGAAUGGACCCUAGAAAUGAGGGGGAUUAUGGAUUGUAUAACCAAAAUUUAUAUUAAAUAAAUUAUUGAGAAAAAAGGGCACCUCUAUGAAUUCUGAAAUGUGAGAAUAUAUAUGUAUGUUGCAUGUUAUCUGUUUCUGCUGUAGGUCCAUUUUUACAUUCGGAGUAAUGAAGCGCUAUUCGAAUUUAUCUCACGUACUGAAACUCGAUGGGAAAUUUUGAAUCUCACUGGUGUAGAUUUAUACAUUUAAAAAUUUCCCAAUAUUUUGCUGCCAUUCCGAAUUUUUAUAUUGUAAAUGAGAAAUAUUAUUUAUAAACAGCAGGUGAAGGAGCAAAUUUCGUUGGAUAAUACUUUUAUAGAAUAAACUGUCGUUGUUUUUUGUUUCUGUUAUUUGCUAGAGAUAUUAAUUGAAAAACUGAUCAAAAAGAAGAUAUGCUAGGAGAUGGUAAUUUGUUUACUGCAUAUUGUACCUAAGUGUGUAUUAUACGGAAAUAGUUUAAUGAGGAGAAUAAAGUAAAUUACGUUAAAUUGAAACGAAUUUCAACUGCCAGUCAGUGCACAUAUACACUUACACUUAUUCUCUUGAAAUUUUUAUGAAUAUAUCUUGAGUUAAUGUGAAUCAAGUGCAUUGCAAUUGUCGUGAAUAUUGUAAAUCUAUUAUUUCAUUAUUUUAUUUUUGUUGUGAUUUUUAUAUAGUGACGAAUAUGAUAAAAAUCAGAAACUUGUAUUUUGUUAGACUCGCUUUUACAUCGUAGAUCAUAAAUACAUUUAAAUGCAAAUUAAGUGCAUUCCUUCAAUAUUUCAGAAAGUAGACAUAAAUAUCUAUUUGGUUUUGUUUCCGCAUAUAGCCGACUUUCAUUUAAAAUAGACGUGUUGUCUCUUUUAUAUUUAAAUAAUUAAAGUGUAUAUAUUGCAUACGUAUUUUUCUUUUAAAAUGAUAAAUGAUAAAAUGAUGAAAAGUAAACAAGUUGCAAAUAGUUUUUGUUUUGUAAUAUAUUCAGCAAUGCAAACUGAAUACGUAUUCAAAAACAAACGAAAAAAGUGACGUCAAAAGUGAAAACUAAUCAUGAAAACAGAAACUUAAUAUACAGCAAAAAGCGAAAAUGAAAUAAGUAAUUAUGUACUUAAACUCAGUGAUGUGCGCUGCUAAUAGGUCUUCUGUUGAGAACUGCAUUGACCUAUCACAAUUCAGGAAUCAAGAAAGUCUAUGCUGAUUGGAAAUAUGCAAUCUGCUGCAUUGUAAUAGCGAUUAAGAAUACUAUGAAUAUGAAUGAUGAAUACAUUCUAUUAUUUUUUCUUGUCCAUUUAAAAGAAUAAAAUGCUAUAGAGUAAUAAAAUUAA